AUGUCAACUUGGCAACAACAUGCUUUAUCAAAUGCAGCAAUUAAUAGUCAAAAUCAAUCAGUUAAUAAUCAUAAUAACAAUCAUAGAUCGAAUUCAGUUGAGACGUCUGAUAGUUUAGGAGACAUAAAUCAUACAUCGGCUCUUUCGGGAGAUUUUGGUAAUCUCUUUAAUCAAUCUGAUUACAGUGAUAUUGAAUUAUUAGUUGAAUCGGAACAUUUUUAUGCUCAUCGUAUUAUUUUAGCUGCACGUUCAGAAUAUUUUCGUGCCUUACUUUAUGGAGGUUUACGUGAAUCUCAAUGUGAUAAUCAUAUAAUUGAAAUAAAAGAAUGUCAAUCAGCAGCAUUUAAAAUUCUUUUACAAUAUAUUUAUACAGGACGAAUUAAUUUACUUAAAGAAAAAGAAGAUAUUUUACUUGAUUUACUUGGUCUUGUACAUCAAUAUGGUUUUCAACAAUUAGAAACUAGUUUAUCAAUAUAUUUAAAAUCAAUUUUAUCAUUAAAAAAUCUCGAUUUAUUGAUAAUCAUGCACCGGAAAUAA